AUGUACCCAUCAUUCAAGCUACAGAGAUUGGUGUCAUUUGAGGAUGUGACUGUGGACUUCAGCCAGGAGGAGUGGCGGUGUCCAGACUCUGCCCAGAGAUGCCUGUACCAGGAGGUAAUACUGGGACAAGAGGUGAUGUACCAGGAGGAGACCUACAGCCAGCUCUUGUCAGUGGUACCGACCAUUCUGAUCCUAGAAAGUGUCCUGGAAAAAGUCCUGGAGUUCAGCUGGUCGGGCAUGGACAACAGUACAGGAAACAUGAUUUUCAGCUAUAAACUCCUUAAUGCCGACACCCCCGGACCCUUGUACAGUGGUCGUGAGAACAAAGUUGAUUUAAAAACUCAGUCAUGGUUACCACUGGAUACCAGAUACCACUGGAUCCAUAACCACUCCCUCCGAAGCGUCUCAGAGAACAUGACGCUCCCCAGUCUGUCCUGGGAGCAAAUGGGGUACCAGUGUACUGUGCAGGACACGGAGGCCCAGCUGGCCUUCUCCAGGGAAGUCGCCAUCAGCCACCUGGCAGUGCCUGUGUCAGGAGACCCCUCUUUAGCUUCACCCCACUCACAGCUUCCGGUGACAUAA